CAACACAGAGCAAGUAAUAUUGCUUGUCAAUUGUGGUCUAUUGUCAUGCUCCAUCUGUACGACAUCUGUACUUUAUUUUGUAAUCUAAGCCUAUAGUACUUUUAAUUUGUUAGAAUAUAAUAAAAUACAUAAGAUAUAAUAUGUUAAAUAUAACAUUCAUCAUUUAAAAAUUAUGUAGGUAUACUAAAAGUUAAAGAAAUUAAGAAAAGGAUAAGAUGAUUGAGUUGAAGGUGUGUCUUGAUAGAUUAUUUCACUGCACUAUAUGUAAAAGUACUUCUAGAAAUGGAUCGGAAUAUAGAGAACAUAUAUUGGUACACGCUACAAAUGCAUAUGUUAAGUUAACAAAACAGAGAAUUUAUGGGUGUAAAUCAUGUAAGGCUGGAUUUAUCAAUGGAGAUGAUUAUAAGUUGCACAAAAUAUAUCAUAUAAUGCAAAAUGUUCGGCAAAAACAUUCAAAGAUAGACAAUAACAACAAACAUUAUAUUAAAUAUAUUCAAAAUGGUGAUUUAGAAAGAAAAUAUGAAUGUGCUGAUUGUGGACGCAAGUUUGUUGAAGAAAAUACCCUGAAGAUGCACUCUCAAGUCCACGAACCUUAUCCAUAUAUUUGUUUUUGCGGUGUUGGUUAUUAUUUGGAAUUUGAUUAUGAUAAACACAAAAGUUUAGUGCACGGUGAAAACAAUCAAACCAAAAAUGUUGAAAUCAAGACUGAAAUACCCAAUUCCGAAAGCAAAGUUAUCUACAAAGAUGAUUUUGAAGAAGACAUCUAUGAUGAUAAAGGAAGUGAAAAGUCUGUUCAUAUGAAUGAUGAUUAUGAUUACGGCAAUAAGCCUCGAAAAGUGACGAAGAAGAAAAAACCUAAGACACCCAAGGUUAAAUUAAAAGAAAGAAAAGAAAGGAAAGCAAUCUCGCAAAAGGCACAAUAUUAUGAGUGCAAUCUAUGUAAUAUUCGGCGUUUUAAAAUAAAAGAGAAUUAUGAUAAUCACAUGUUAAAGCACGAGAGAUCUAAAUGUAGUUAUUGUGGAAAAUUGUCUAAGGAUGUAUAUAGCAAGCAAUUGCAUGAACGAAUACACACCGGCGAGCGACCCUACUCUUGCAAAUUCUGUUCGAAACCAUUUGCUGAUCCGUCAGCUUUGCUCAGACACACAAGAACACACACAAAAGAUUACAGAUAUGUCUGCGACUUGUGUCCUAAAAAGUUUACUGAUAAAAGCGGACUUAUCAGCCAUAGACGCCGCCACAAUGCAAGGGAAUUUAAAUGUGAUAUUUGCAACAAAUUAUUCUUCACAAAAAGCGACCUUGCAAAACAUGGCAUUGCACUGCACACUGGUAGCAAGAAUUUUGAAUGCAAUAAGUGCGGCAAAAAGUUUGCUCAUAAAUCCUACCUUUUUAUACAUAUUAAAUUUUGUGAAAGAGAAUUAUUCAUGAAACCAAAGGAGAAGAAGAGAAAUAAACGUAAGAUAAAGAAAAUAAAGUGUAAAGAAGAAAAGAACUGAUAUAGGUAGUAAAAUACAAUUGAUUAUUAGUUUUGGAUAUUGUUAACAAUGAUGUGGAAAUUCAUUUAUAACACAUUCUUAUUGGAUUAAUUUAAGAACAAAUGAUUGAUUUUGAUAUAAAUCGAAGUUAGAUAAGUUUUAUUUUUCUCCUAAUUGUAUAAUUGGGCUUUUAGACAUUUUGUUCAACAAAAUAUUCUGUUCUUUUAUGAUUAAAUGAAAAAAACUUCGCCCGGCGCCAUUUAUAUAUAUGUAUGUAAAUGAGAUCAAUAAUUAAUAUGAAGAAAACUUUAAACAUGCGAAAUUACAAAUAUUAAUUAGUU